AUGGCUGGCCUGCCCGAAUCGGACUUGGACUCGGCGAGUUCGAUGUAUAGCUUCAUACGCACGUUCGGGUGGAUUUGGGGCGUCACGGCUCCUGGCAUAAUAUUCAAUGCCGUCUUCGACCAGAACCGACAUCGCAUACCUGAUCCAGCCUUGCGCGAACAAGUAUCCGGCGGUCAGGCCUACUCGUUCGCUAGGCAGGUGCAUGUGGUACGCGAUGACUACAGUACGGCUGUAUGGAGCGAGGUGACGGACGUUUAUGCCGAGAGCCUGAGGGUCAUCUGGUGGUUCGGCCUAGCUAUUAGUUUGCUGUUCCUGUUGGCUGUUGGCGGCGAGAAGGAGCUUGAGCUGAGAAAGGAGCUUGAGACCGAGUAUGGCCUGGAUGAUAGGGCAAAGGGCAUGGAGCCGAGCAGCACUGAGAUUGGUAGCGAGAAGAUUGGUCAACCCGCAGCAGGAGCCUAG